AUAAACCAAUCGGUCCGCUCCCUUUCCAUUUGUCCGGAACAGCGUGGGCACAAUUCCCAUUUAAAAUUGCCCUCUGCAAAGGCACACCAAAUAACCAUACCGGAGCCACCGUACCAAGCACCGAAAUCCCGGCUAGAUUUUCAAUGGGCAAAAGACCGCAAUCAUUUGCCACUCUUGUUCCAAACACACGGUCGUGUACAACAUGGAAAACUAUCGUUUGCACUGAAUUUCGAUUUUAAGUGUAACAUGGACGCGUGUUUUGCAGCGUUUGAUAAAAACAGCGAUGGAGGACUGGACAUAGAAGAGUUCCGCCUCUUAACCAGAGCGUUAUUCCGCAACGACAAAGGCAAGAUUUACACCUUGGACGAGCCGAAACUAAAAGACGUCUUCAAUGUCUUCGACACGAACGGCGACGGUAAAAUCGACAAGGAGGAGUUCACGUUUUGCUGGAACCACUGGAUAAAAACCAUAGUCCGUCCAAUAUCGGCGUUUUUAAUAGUCGACGUACAAAACGACUUUAUAAGUGGCACGUUGAACAUCAGCAAUUGUUCGGCCCAACAGAACGGCCUGGACGUGAUCGAGCCGAUAAAUCAUUUACUGGACACGGUGCAUUUCGAUGCGGUGUUUUAUUCACUCGAUUGGCAUCCGAGCAAUCAUGUGUCGUUCAUCGAGAACAUCGGCGAACGCGAGAUCCAUCCGUCGAGCCAGAUCGGCGCGGACGCCGCACAGAUCUACGACACGGUCGUGUUCGCCGGAAAUCCGCCGCAGAAGCAGCGCCUGUGGCCCAGACACUGUGUGCAGGACACGUGGGGCUCGGAGCUGCACAAAGACCUGAAAGUCUUGGACAGCGCCAUUAAAGUGUACAAAGGCACGAAUCCAGAUGUCGAUUCGUACUCGGUUUUCUGGGAUAAUAAAAAAAUGACGGACACAACUUUGUGUGCACAAUUGAGGAUGAAAAAUGCGACGGAUAUUUAUAUCUGCGGGUUAGCGUACGACGUGUGCGUCGGUGCGACCGCAGUGGAUGCCCUGGCCAUCGGCUACAGGACGAUCCUGCUGGACGACUGUAGCCGCGGCGUCGACUUGUUGGACAUCGAGAAAACUAAAAAUACGGUCAUCAAAAACAACGGAGUGAUUAUAAAUUCGAACCAGGUGAAGGCGAUGGUCGAAGGGCGUGACAGACGGCCCGAAUUAGGGUACAAACUGGCCAUGGAGCUGAACAUGAGUAGAAACGAGAUUUCUGAUUAAUGCUUCGUGACUUUAGCACUUGUUAUUUGCUCUUUGUGAAGUUUUAAUACAAUAGUUAGGUAAUGUUUGUUUGUAUAGUUGAAUAAAGUGUUUGCGUCAAUCAAA